AUGGCCUGCCGAGGGAACCCGAGGGAGAGAUGUGGAGGGUUUUGGAGGAUGUCCGUGUACAAAAUAUUAAACGCAGUGACUCAAGUCCCAGAUGGCCAGAUGGAGGCACUAGUGACCAAGUACGCACCCAAAGUUUGGCUGGCGAGGGGUGAGCAGUAUAAACCUUCCAGCGUCGAUUUUCAUCUACGGAACGUCAAGGUGUACGGCGGAGGUAGAGUUUAUUCCAGCACAGCGUCAACCCUUUCAAGCUGUUCCACAAGCUGUUAUAUGAGUUCCAAUCAACGCCUGUCACAUGCAUCGGCCACGCUGUCAUUCUUCAGUGGGGAGCCAGUCGGUCCUACUCGGCAGCCGCCCGUGUACGCUGUUUGGAAGCGGAUCAACUCUGUGACUACUGACAUCUUCUACUGGAUGUUCUACCCAUACAACAGGGGGAAGAGAGUUUGCAUCGGAUUCAGGGCUUGGGGGUCCUGUAUUGGUGGGUACUCUACGUUUGGACAUCACGUGGGUGACUGGGAACACAUGACCGCUCGUCUGGUGGGCAACCAACCAAGCAGCAUCUAUGUCUCCGCUCACAACUUUGGCGGUAAAUACGACUGGGAUGCGGCAUCGCAGACCUACAAGAAGGGUGGUGACACAGUCCGGACGGAAGGGACACAUCCUGUUCUGUAUUCAGCUAAAGGUAGCCACGGCCUGUGGUCCAACCCUGGCACCCACACGUACGAGAAAAUUCUCAAAAUCGAGAAACUGCAGGACGAGACCAGCACGGGGACGGUAUGGAACACGUGGAGGAACGUACCCUGCAUUAAGUACCACCCUGGUGGGGGCUACACCGGGUCCUGGUCAUGGCUCAACUACCAGGGACGGUGGGGAAACAGGAAGGAUGGUUGUACUGUUGAGAAGCUAAGCGGUGAAUGCAUACUGAACGACGGGCCAGUCUCUAUCAACGACAGGGAUGCAAUGAAAUAUAACAAUCUGGAUUAA